GUCCUGGCUUUUAUAAGCCUAUACUGUACCUUCUUCCAGAAGGCAGAUGCUGAGGAAGGAAGGGUUAAAGCGAAGCGGAGGAGAGAGAUUCCUAGAGAGGAAGGAAAUUGGGAAAGGAGAGGGGGGAGCGUGUCCUCUAAAGCAAAGGACUUCACCCCUCCAGCUUUGCAAAAGGAACCUUGGAUAGAAGACGGAGGUUUGGUGCGCGCAAGGAGCGCAAAGAGAAGAAUUUUUUUGCAAGCCGGAAGCCGGUUGGUGCGCCUCCACCUGGGGAAAGUGGCCUUUAUCCUUUCCACCCGGGGUGUGUGUGGAUCUGGAUCCUGUGUCUUUGAAGCGGAGGCUGUACAUUUCACCGAGAAUACCCUGAUGGAUCCGGACCAAAGGGAAGCCCUGGAGGAGGAGAAGCCUGGAAUCGUGGCCUUUCUGGGACAUGACAGGAAAGAGAGGGAGAAUGAAGAUGAACCACACAGGGUGUUGUUAGACAGAACCGGAUGUGAAGAGGAGGAAGAAGGGAGAAGAAAACCUGAAGUGAAACACAUACUAAGCGAAUCCUCUGCUUUUCAGAGCGCUGAGAUUUCUGAAAUCCCAGUCCAAGAAAACAUAGCCGAAGGAGAGGAAAGGAGCCAGUGCCUUGUGUGUGGGGAAAGCUUUACCUGCAAAUUGAGCCACAUUGCUCAUUGGAAAAUCCACACAGGGGAGAAACCAUUUAAAUGUUCGGACUGUAACAAAAGCUUCAGCGAUAAGUCAACCCUUAGAAAACACCAGAGAAUCCACACGGGUGAGAAACCAUAUAAAUGCAUGGAGUGCGGACAGAGCUUCAGUCAGAGCACAAGCCUCACUUCCCAUCACAGAAUCCACACAGGGGAGAAGCCCUAUAAAUGCUUGGAGUGUGGAAAGUGUUUCAGCACUAGUAAAUAUCUCACGAUUCAUCAGAGAAUCCACACAGGAGAGAAACCAUUUAAAUGCCUGGAGUGUGGAAAGAGCUUUAACAGGAGAGAUGCUCUUACUUCACAUCAAAAAAUCCACACAGGGGAGAAAGCAUACAAAUGCUUGGAGUGUGGAAAGUGCUUCAGCAACAGCAAGUAUCUCACUUCACAUCAGAGAAUCCACACAGGGGAGAAACCGUUUAAAUGUUUGGAGUGUGGGAAGUGUUUUAAUAAGAGGGAUGGCCUUGUUGCCCACCAAAAUAUUCACAGAGGGGAAAAACCAUAUAAGUGUUUGGAGUGUGGGAAGAGCUUCAGCAGCAGCAAGUACCUGACUUCUCAUCAAAGAGUCCACACGGGAGAAAAACCUUUUAAAUGUGUAGAGUGCGGAAAGAGUUUCAGGCAGAAGAUAAAUCUCACUACCCAUCAACGAACUCACACAGGGGAGAAACCAUAUCCGUGCUUGAGGUGUGGAAAAAGUUUUAGCCAGCAGACUAACCUCACUGCACAUCAGAAAAUCCACACAGGGGAGAAACCCUAUAAAUGUUUGGAGUGCGGAAAGAGGUUUAAUCAUAGCACAAGCCUCACUCACCAUCAACAACUUCACACGGGAGAGAAACCCUAUAAGUGUGUGGAGUGCGGGAAGAGUUUCAGUACAAGCGCCAGCCUUACUUCACAUCAAAUUAUCCACACGGGGGAGAAACCCUAUAAAUGUUUGGAGUGUGGAAAGCGGUUUAGCGAUCGCAGAAACCUCCGUUCACAUCAGAGAAUCCACACAGGGGAGAAGCCGUAUGUGUGCUUGGAAUGUGGAAAGAGGUUUAGUCAUAGAACCAACCACAGCUCACAUCAAAAAAUCCACACAGGGGAAAAAUCUUUUAAAUGCUUGGAGUGUGGAAAGAGCUUUUUUUUCAGCACCAGCCUGAUUUCUCACCAAACUCUCCACACAGGGGAGAAACCGUAUAAUUGUUUGGAAUGUGGGAAGAGCUUCAGUAGCAACAAAUACCUCACGGCUCACCAACGAAUCCACACGAGGGGAAAGCCAUUUAAGUGCUCGGAGUGCGGAAAGAGCUUCCGUCAGAGUUCAGACUUCACUUCUCAUCAGAGAACCCACACAGGGGAGAAACCGUACAAAUGUCUGGAGUGUGGAAAGAGGUUCAGUACUAGCAAAUACCUCGCUUCCCACCAACGGAUUCACAGCGGGGAGAAACCAUAUACAUGCUCGGAGUGUGGUAAGAACUUCACCCACAAGACAAAUCUCACCAAACAUCAGAGAAUCCAUAGAGCAGAUAAACCACAGAACUGUUAAGGAAUGCAGAAUUUGUUUCAUCUAACUCUGAGGUCUGUUUUGGAAUUGCUGUUGGUGAAUGUACUGAAUCGUAAUCCAAGAUGGAGGCACUAUUGCUAGGGGUUCUGGCGACUUUGAGACUGGGUUUCUCUUCCCCCUUUAGAAGCAAAUCUGAAGCUUAGGGAUACUCCUAGAUCUGGUUUAGCAGCUGAAGGGUCAUGGGUAGAGGUAGCAAGGAGUAACUGUCUGUGCCCAAGAUGAGGCCUGCUCUCCCUUGCUGUACCCUUUCAAAAUAAACCUCACUACACAUCACGGAAAAGGAAAACAAAAAUUCCUGAAUUGUUGGGUUAGGCAACGCAACAAUUCUCAUCCACAAAUUCACUCGGGAGAGAAAUGAGAUAACUGAUCCGAGUUUCAAAUCAGAACCAGUGAAGGCGGUAAAGGUCCUGUGUGAGUGCCUGGAGGUGGUUGGAGGAUGGAUGUUGGCUAAUGGAUUGAGGUUGAAUCCUGAUAAGACAGAAGUACUGUUUUGGGGGGAGGGUGGGUGUGGGGGACUCCCUGGUCCUGAAUGGGGUAACUGUGCCCCUGAAGGACCAGGUGCGCAGCCUGGGAGUCAUUUUGGACUCACAGCUGUCCAUGGAGGCACAGGUCAAAUCUGUAUCCAGGGCAGCUAUUUACCAGCUCCACCUGGUAUGCAGGCUGAGACCCUACCUGCCCGUGGACUGUCUCGCCAGAGUGAUACAUGCUCUAGUUAUCUCCCGCUUGGACUACUACAAUGCGCUCUAUGUGGGGCUACCUUUGAAGGUGAUCCGGAAACUACAACUAAUCCAGAAUGCGGCAGCUAGACUGGUGACUGGGGGCGGCCGCCGAGACCACAUAACACCGGUCUUGAAAGACCUACAUUGGCUCCCAGUACAUUUCCGAGCACAAUUCAAAGUGUUGGUGUUGACUUUUAAACGCCUAACGGCCUCGGCCCAGUAUACCUGAAGGAGCGUCUCCACCCCCAUCCUUCUGCCCGGACGCUGAGGUCCAGUGCCGAGGGCCUUCUGGCGGUUCCCUCACUGCAAGAAGCCAAGUUACAGGGAACCAGGCAGAGGGCCUUCUCGGUAGUGGCGCCUGCCAGGUGGAACGCCCUCCCACCAGAUGUCAAAGAGAUAAACAACUACCUGACAUUCAGAAGACAUCUGAAGGCAGCCCUGUUCAGGGAAGUUUUUAAUGUAUGACAUCUUAGUGUAUUUUUGGUCUUUGUGGAAGCAGCCCAGAGUGGCUGGGGAAACCCAGCCAGAUGAGCGGGGUACAAAUAAUAAAUUAUUAUUACUACAGAAAGCGCUAUGCCAGGGAAAAACCGUAUAAAAGCCUGGUGUACAGAAGCAGUUUUUCUUGGAAGACCAUUGUCACUAAACAUCAAAGAAUCCACACAGCAGAGAAGCGACAGAAAAGCCAGGGGUGCAGAAUGACUCGGAGCCGAACUGGUUUCCCUCUGGUUUUCUUGAACUACAUGCUCCUUGGUUGGGGCUGGUGGAAGUUGUAAUCUGAGGGCACCAGGUUGGGGGACAGCUGAACUAUAGUCACAGCACAAUCCCCGAAUUAGUUUUGGAGUGGCCAGUAUUGACUGUAUCAAAUUCUAAUUGACAUGAGAGAGCUGCUAUUGGCUGAAAUUCUUUGUGGGGCUCCCCCUCUUUUGAAUGAAGUCCACACCAUACAUUUAAAUCACCACAAUGCCAGUUUUAAAAUUUGUGGCAGAGAGUUGUUAGGAGAACCCCUGUUCCCAUCAGAGAGCUACAAUUCCCAGAGUUCCCUGUGAAGACUGACCGUGAAACCAGUCUGGGAAUUGUAGUUCUGUGAGGGAACAGCUCUAAACGCCUCUCAUAAUUGAUGUGUAUACGUAACUGAAAUGUGUUACUGAACUUACUGAAAAAUGUGUUGUCGUCGUUACCGUUUAGUAAUAGGCAAAUUAAUGCAUCUAGCUGAAAGUUGUUAGGAGACCCCAAAUUCUCCUUACAGAGCUGCCAGUCUUGGAGGUCCCUGUAGAGAAGAACUGAUUGUUAAAUCCCUCUGGGAACUGUGGCUCUUUGAGAGGAAUCGGGAGUCCCAGUGCGGAUUAUAACAAAUAAAACGCAGUUAGAAUCAUAAAAUUGCAAGGGUCUUCUCGCUCAGGAAUUCUGCCCCAAGCCAUCCUUAGGUGGGCUCGAGCCACCAAGCUUUUGGUUAACAGCCAGAAACACUCACUUAUUGGCCCAUGAGACUUUAAAGCACCUUAUGAAUCACAGAAUAUGAUGGGUUUUAAAAAUAAAGAUCUGAGGUGUCGAAAGGGCAAAGAGGAUUGUCUUUUGAGGGGAGGUGGGGAUUAAUCAGAAAAGUCUUCCAAGUCAGUGGUCCCUAAACCUUUUCUCCCAAGAACCACUUGGAAAUUGAUGAGGGUCUUGACCAGGGGUCAGGAAACUUUUUCAGCAGGGGGCCGGUCCACUGUCCCUCAGACCUUGUGGGGGGCCGGACUAUAUUUUUUCUGGGGGGGAAAUGAACGAAUUCCUAUGCCCCACAAAUAACCCAGAGAUGCAUUUUAAAUAAAAGGACACAUUAUACUCAUGUAAAAACACACUGAUUCCUGAACCAUCCGUGGGCUAAAUUUAGAAGGUGAUUGGGCCGGAUCCAGCCCCCGGGCCUUAGGUUGCCUACCCAUGGUCUUGACAGAUCUCCCCAAACACUCUCCCCUCCCCACAACACUUUUUGGUGCAAAUCCAUCAUUUUAGAGAAGCCAUUUUAAGAUCCCACAUCUAUCGUGGCACAAAUUCCCUCUGCCAUUUAAAUGGAUUAAUGCCUUUCUCCCUUUAUUCAUACAUGUUCCAGAAAUUCACAUCCCUACAAUUAAUUUAGGAGUGAAGUUUGGCUGUAAAAUUGCCCACUGGCAUUUCGCACCCGGGCCACAGGCCUGAGUAGGCCGGCAGUUCGACCUGUGGAGCAUCUCCCCGUUGCUACAAGACCGAUUGAUUGAUAGAAUAUAUUUGUAUAUCGCCAUUUCGUUUUUAAAAAUAUUGACGUGGUUUGCGACAAUUAGAGCACAAUAAAGAACAAUACAAAAAAUUGAUACAGAUCGCCAGCUAUUACAGAAAAUGCUUUUUUUUUAUGGUCUGCAUAACCCUGGAGGCAAAGACAUGCUGAAGAUUGUCUUGUGUUGUUCUCUAUUUAAAUUACAGUAGAAUCGUUGAGUUGGAAGGGAUCCCGAGGGUCAUCUAGUCCAGCCCCCUGCAAUGCAGGAAUCUCAACACGCUGUCGCCCAUCCAAUUUGAAACCAUAUCAGGCCCUGCUUAGCUUUGCAAAUGUGCUAGCAGUAUUUCUAUACUUUGCAAAUGCCUCUAUUUACUAGUGCAUGUAAAUAUGGAGAAAAUCUGCACUCUUUUCGGGGGCAUGUCAACUCCUUCCUUAGGUCGGGACCAGGGAUCUUGUAUUUUUUUCCUGUAGAAGAUAUAAUCGAAGGGUCGGUAGCCUUUGCCUCAUCCAGAUGAUGAUGAACUUCAGUUUUCAUCAUCCCUGACCAUUGGCAAAGGCUGAUGGGCGUUAACGUUUAUUUGUUCAUUUAUUAAAUUUCUGUACAGUGGACACUCUUUAUUUGUUCAUUUAUUAAAUUUCUAUACAAUGGUA